AUGGAAGACAAUACGGAAGUAGAGGAACUUCCCGAAGGAUUGUUCAAGCAUAUUUCCUUCCAGAGGAUAGUUAUUAACAACACUGCAUUGAAGAAGGUCCAACCAUCAGCCAUACUCCCGUUGAAACACUUGCAUGUGGAACUCGGCAUUCAACAUAGUCUGCUGGAGAACUUUCCUUUCUAUAUUCUUAAUCAAUUACAACGUCUGGAAAGUCUCUGGCUCUACAAUAAUUCCCUGACCUCUAUACCAGCCUUCAAAAGCGACAGCCUAGAAAUACUUCGUCUUGAUAACAAUAAGAUCACGCGUGUGGAGUUCGAUGGAUGGGCGACCCCCAAUUUGAAAAAACUCUACCUCUUCAACAAUUUGUUGACUUCUUUCCCGGCUUUCAAUAGCAACAGUAUAGAACUAAUCUGGCUCUACAACAAUUUGUUGACUUCUGUACCAGCCUUCAAAAGCGAAACCCUAGAAAUACUUCGCCUUGACCAGAAUAAGAUCACGAGUGUUGAGUUCGACGGAUGGGCGACUCCCAAAUUGGUGCGGCUCGAUCUCGACGACAAUUUGCUGACCUAUGUCCCGGCUUUCAAAAGCGAGAGCCUAGAAAUACUCUAUCUCAAUGACAAUGAGAUUGAGAGUGUUGACUUCGACGGAUGGGCAACUCCCAAAUUGAUACGGCUCGAUCUCUACAAGAAUUUGCUGACCUAUGUCCCGGCUUUCAAAAGCGAGAGCCUAGAAAUACUCUAUCUCAAUGACAAUGAGAUCGAGAGUGUGGAGUUCGACAGAUGGACCACUCCCAAGUUGAGAGAACUCUAUCUUUACAACAAUUUGUUAACCUUUGUCCCAGCAUUCAAGAGCGAAAGCCUAGAAAUACUUCGCCUUGACAACAAUAAGAUCACAAGUGUUCAGUUCGAUGGAUGGGCGACUCCCAAUUUGAAAAAACUCUAUCUCUACAACAAUUUGUUGACCUUUGUCCCAGCAUUCAAGAGCGAAAGCCUAGAAAUACUUCGCCUUGACAACAAUAACAUCACGAGUGUUGACUUCGACGGAUGGGCGACUCCCAAAUUGAUGCAGGUCGAUCUCGACAACAAUUUGUUGACCUAUGUCCCGGCUUUCAAAAGCGAGAGCCUAGAAAUACUCUAUCUCAAUGGCAAUGAGAUCGAGAGUGUGGAGUUCGACGGAUGGGCCACUCCCAAAUUGAGGGAACUCCAUCUCUACGACAAUUUUUUGAACUCUUUCCCGGCCUUCAAGAGCGAAAACCUAGAAAUACUUCGCCUUGACAACAAUAAGAUCACGAAUGUGGAGGUCGACGGAUGGGCGACUCCCAGUUUGAGGGAGCUCAAUAUUGCAAAAAACCCUCUGCUGAAGUUCCCUUCUGCAGCAAUCAAGGGCAUGAAGAAUCUCGAGAAAUUCUAUUAUUCAGAGUCCAAUGUGGGUCCAACCGUUUCAAGUGGUUUCCUGGAAUUUCAGAGCAAGGCCUUGAAACUGGUAACACUCUGGAGCAACAACAUCUCCAUACUGGAUAAAGACGCCAUCACAGGUCUCGGACCAAAUACGACGGUUCAGCUGACGAACAACGACAUCGUUAUAUUGUCUGAGGAAAUCUUCCGCCCAAUGCUGGAAAUCCUAUCCGCAGGAGAUGGUGUCCUCUUUCUAGACGAAAAGAUCGUGUUGUACGGUCGAAGCCUCGGGUCCGUCCCGACCGUUCGCCUCGCCUCCGAACGCGAGAACCUCCCAGGCGUCAUCCUCCAUUCGCCUCUGUCGUCUGCGCUGGGGAUGGUCUUGCGAUUCACGCCCUGGUCCGUCGGUCCCUUCGCCGUCACCGAUUUAGUACCCAGGAUCACCUGUCCCGUUCCCGUCGUCCACGGGACCCAAGACGAAAUCAUUCCAAAUUCCCACGGGAGAGUCAUACACGAUAAAUGCCAGCAGAAAGUGGAUGCCCUCUGGGUGGAAGGCGCUGGGCACAACAACAUGGAGGCAUACCCGCAGUUCUGGAGGAGAUUUCAACCGCUUCUUGGAGCAGGAACUCAGGGAGGAAACGUCGCAGUCUCGUUACGACGGGAAAGGUUCUACUUCGUGGAAGUCGACGAGCUCGGUUUGGCAUCUUCUAGGCACAAGCUCCUCGAUAUCCCAACGAUCAAUGUGGACCAGUUCUGA